CUUGCCUGCCUACCUACCUUGCUUAGGCUGCCUACCUAGAUAGACUUUAACUGUGGCCGGCCACCAACUUCUGACUUGCUCCAUUCCGAUCGACUUCCACCGUUUCUGCCUCCUUCUCAACUCAUAAACCAGCCCACAUCGCACGUCAAUUGCCCAAUGGUUUUCCUUAACCGCGACUAACGUACCCUCGAAAACGGGUCCUCGCUGACCGUGAUCCAUCUUUCAAGCUCCCACCUCAUUGUGUGUAUCUGCGAUUACCACCUCCUAGUUACUUGCCGACAAGCUUCGCCGAAUCUUGCGACACCUAGGUAGGUAGACAGACACAGUAACGCUUCGCUUGACAGGCUUUGGCCCAUGUGGGUUGCAUUACCCUCGUGCUUCCCCUUCUCCCUUUUCCUCGCCGAACAUAGACGACCUGACCCAAGGUAGCGAACCGGGCCUGGAGUAGUUGCGCCGGAGCAAUGUCGGCUUUGCCCGACCCUUUAGUGAGGAGGAAUCGGGGUUUCCUAGGCGGCGACAGCUCCGCUUUGUCCGCCCGAGACCGUCAGGACCGCAGCCAAUUGCGUUAUGAGCUCGAUCUCAACUCAUGGAAUCUUCGGAUCUGGGGCGUGGCCGCCUCCGGGUUCUUGACAGACUCCUACAAUCUCUUUUCCACCAAUGUCAUUCUCGCAUCCAUUGCCUUUGUAUACUGGCCUUCCCCUGGUGCAAGGUGGCAAGGGCUGCUCAUCAACUUUUUUACUCUACUGGGCUCUGUCAUCGGCCAGUUACUGUUUGGCUUUCUCGCCGACUUUUAUGGUCGAACCCGUCUCUACGGCAUCGAGCUUGUACUGGUUAUCGUAUCGACAAUCGGUGUAGCCACUAGCAGCUACGGUUUCGACGACAUGAGCUUUCUGGGCCUCUUCAUCUGGUGGCGCUUUGUGAUGGGGAUUGGUAUUGGCGCAGAAUAUCCUCUCAGCGCUGUUAUCACCUCUGAGUGGUCCAGUACCCAGUCGAGGGGAACCAUGAUCUCUUCCACAUUCAUGAUGCAACCCAUCGGCCAAGCACUGGCCCAACUCGUAGGUCUCUGGGUACUCCUCGGUCGCGAAAAAAGUGAAGGUCUGCAGGCAAUGCAGUGCGGUCUCGAUUUGAAGUUCGACAGGGAGUGCCGCCGUACCGUGGACGGUAUCUGGCGCAUCGUCAUUGGUUCCGGGGCCGUCCCCGCCCUGCUGGCCAUCAUAUUCCGUUUUUUCCUAUUCGACUGUGGACUGUACAGUCUUGAAGUCAGAAAUAAGCCUGGGAUAGCCCUAAGAAAUACGCAGAGGGUCUACGGCGCCCCUGCUGGCGCGACGGCGGGAUAUCCCAUGACCCCCAACGACGGUGUGCAUGCCACCGACUCACAGCAGCCCAUGCCUAUCCAGUUUUCCAAGGACGACUUGUACAAGUAUUUUAUCGAAGAUGGGAAUUGGUACUAUUUGUUAGGUACUGCUGCAACAUGGUUCUUCCUAGAUGUGAGCUUUUAUGGUCUCAGCUUGGACAACAGAGGCACUCUAUCCGACAUGUGGGCGACUACCGGGCCGACGCCCAUCGACGAUAGGUUACCGUGCUGGAACUCCAAGUUUCCGGACGGAAACGCAACAGCACGGGUUUGGAGCCAGACAGGCCUCCCCGUCUGGCAGACAGAUGCAACACUGCCAUGCAACACCAUCUACGACGUGCUCCUGGAACAGGCAAAGCAGUACCUGCUGACCGUGUCCAUCGCUUCCAUCGCUGGAAGCGCCUGCUUCGUUAUGGCCGCCAACCGCAUCCCACGCAGGCUGUGGCUGACCGUUUCGUUUUUUGUUCUAGCCAUAUUGUUCGUAAUCACGGGUUGCGUGUACUACGGCGUCAACCGCACCCCCGGCGCACCGGCCACAGUUGUGUUUGUGGCAUUGUGUCAUUUCAUGUUCAACUUUGGGGCGAACACCCUUACUUUCAUCAUCCCUGCCGAAAUCUUUCCGACGUGUUAUCGCUGCACGUGCCACGGCAUAUCCGCCGCCGCCGGCAAGCUGGGCAGCAUCGUGGCCCUCCUCGUCGUCUAUGGCAUCAACUCGUCCUACACGGCUGCCAACCGCCAGGGGCUCAUCUUCCUGCUCUUUGGUUCCUUCGUCGCCGUCGGCGCCGUCUUCUCGUGGGCGUACCUACCCGACUCACAGCGAUGGACCGUAGACGAGGACGGCCGCCGGGUGCUGGAGCAAAAAACGCUUGAGGAGCUGGGUGAGGGCCGCGAGCGAGCGCGGCAGCUAGGGGAGGUCAUCACCGUCAAAGAAAAGUGGCACGAUCUGAAGCGGAGGAGGGCGUCGCCGGAGCCAUCCCAGGCUGCGGACCCGUGAUUGAGCGGCAUGAAGACAGCGGACAUGCGCGGUACUUAACCAUCGGCUGUACCGUAACAGCUCAGCAAGUCUACACGCGUCCUUCCGAGGGGGGGGGGUCCUCGUUUGUCCGUCACAUGGUUUCUUCCUAUAGCUUCUUUACAUCACCCGACCGUAUAUAUUUC